CUACCAUGAAGAAUUUGAUCUCCGUUUCCUUGUAUCAGUCAAUUAGUAAACUACAGUCUCAUUGUGUUGGAGAGAAAACUGCUGCGUUUUGUGGAAUUAAGUUUCAUAUAAUCUGCAUAAUAAUUUUUGAGCACAUUACUGUAAUGGUCUCUUAUGGAACAGUAGAAAAAUUACAGAAUAUUCCAGAGUUGUUCAGCUACGUUUUUGUGGAAAUAGCCUUUUCUGAUAAAAUAAUGAUCGAAAUUUUUUUCUUUAUCAGUGCUUUCCUUCUGUCGUAUAAUAACCAGAAAAAUGUAAAGUGUGCUAUGGACAUUUGCGUGUUAAUAAAGAAGAAAACCAUCAGGUCUUUAAACUUCGCCUUAACAAUUCAGAAAUUGAAUCUUCAGACUCACGACAAUCACAGGGAUAUUAUAAAUUAAGUUGUUUGACUCUGAGUAGUUUAGUCAACUGUAUUGUAGUUCUAUCAGUUCUCCAAGCUCAUCAAAUGGCUAAAAUAGGAAAGUACAUACAUUACAAGUAGAAACUUUUACAAUAAAAAAAUAUAAUAAAACCUACUAAAAUUACCAGAUAACUAUUUCAUAUUUCAUAUAUAACAUACAUUACUGUGAACCGCCGGGGAGGGUGUAGGCCUCCCGAUCCGGUAACAGGUUGUUAAACCCUUUCACUGUCAGGAUGGGUGGUUUAAGGGUUCUUUUUCCCGGGUCGAGUGGUGGAGGGAGGAGUGCGUCGGUAAGAUGACCGGCGAUAUACGAGUAAAGAUGACACCACUUUAAAAGGAUAACAACGAUUUAUUAGCUACAUAGAGAUUACAAUAACCAAUUUCAAAAGGGAAAAUCUGAAUCCCUGAACCGCGAAGGACCGAGAGAGAGUUCACAAAAAUAAGGUCCAUACCUCUUUAUGUCUUUGAAUAUUCUUAAGGAAAAAGGUUGUGAUAUCCAACGAUGUGGUAGAAUUAGGACAAUAAUUCUUC